AUGUCUCGGCGCAGUACACAAGCAAUCCUAGCGGCAUCACUAGUUACGGCAUCAUGCUCACAACAGGUGCUUGAUUUGAGUUCCGUGAAAUGGACUGUAACAAGUCCAAAUUUCACCUACAUCUCAGUCCCCGGCAAGCUUCCUUCGCAAGCCCAUAUCGAUCUUUAUGCUGCUCAGGUGAUCGGGAACCCUUUAUUUGGGCUCAAUGAUUUCAACCUACGCUGGAUUGGAGAUUCCAAUUGGACAUAUACCUCAGAGUCACUGAAUUCCCUAAGCAAGAAUUCUAGCUCUACAUGGCUUCUGUUCAACGGACUUGAUACAUUCUCGAGUAUCGAACUUUGUGGGAAGCAUGUAGCUUCUACGAAUAAUCAGUUCAGGCAGUACUACUUUGAAGUUUCCGAUAUUCUGAGCUCAUGUCAAGAUCCCGUUCUGAGCAUCAAUUUUGGUAGCGCUACAGUAAUAGCGAACGCGACGGCUAACGAGCCGGGCCAAGAGACUUGGCCUUAUUCAGUAGAAGGCCUCUUCGAAUUUCCGAACCGCCAGUUUAUUCGAAAAGAGCAGAAUGACUUCGGAUGGGAUUGGGGACCUGCAUUUGCUCCCGCCGGUCCCUGGCAGCCAGCGUAUGUCAUUCAACUAGGGGCGUGGAGUGGAUAUAUCCGGAAUACGCUCAUUGACGUCUACCGAGAAGGACAACUUAACUUACUUCCACCAGACCAAUCUAAAGAUUGGGUAUUGAAUGCAAGUCUUGACUAUAUGGGAAGCAUACCGACCGAUGUGGUGUUGAACUACGUUUUGCAAGAUAGCAAUAACGCCACCAUCUUGAGUGGGCAACUCUCGAAUGUUACCAACCACAAUAAUACCAUCACUGGCGGCGUGGUGAUUCCACGCGAUGCCGUGGACCUUUGGUGGCCCGUUGGUAUGGGACCUCAGACACUGUAUAAGUUGAGCCUCAACGUUGUCGGUAAUGGCAACAGCACGAUAGCUUCAGUCACCAAACGGAUGGGCUUUCGCACAAUCAUACUCAACGAGCUUCCAAUCUCCCAGGCACAAUUGGACCAGGGGAUUGCGCCGGGGAAUAAUUGGCACUUUGAAAUUAAUGGGCAUGAGUUCUACGCGAAAGGCUCGAACUUCAUUCCUCCUGAUCCGUUUUGGCCAACUGUUACCGAGGCUCGCCUACGCCAGCUCUUUGAGAGCGUGGUCGACGGAAACCAGAACAUGCUUCGGGUAUGGUCUUCUGGGGCGUACUCCCCAGACUUUAUGUACGACCUCGCCGAUGAGAUGGGAAUCAUGCUGUGGAGCGAGUUUGAGUUCGGCGAUGCCCUGUACCCGGUCGACCAGGCUUUCCUGGACAAUGUGAAAGAAGAAGUUUUCUACCAAGUUCGAAGGGUUAAUCAUCAUCCAUCGUUGGCCUUCUGGGCUGGUGGUAAUGAGCUUGAGAAUCUUGAACUUUACCUGGUCAAUCAAUCAGCACCGGACCAAUUGGAUCGCUAUAUGGCCGAAUACGAGACGCUGUUCCUGGAUACGAUUGCGCCCAUCGUAUUUGGACAGACGCGGAGCAUUUCUUACUCACCGUCUAGUACUAGCAACGGUUGGCAAGAAUUGAACUUCUCGCUUCCACAACCCAUCACCGAGAGAUACGAAAACGUCACCCCGGGCUCGAUCUACGGAGACACCGAUCACUACGAUUAUGAUUCAUCGCACUCUUUCAAUUUCUCUACGUACCCGGUGGGCCGGUUCGCGAACGAAUUUGGCUAUCAUUCUAUGCCUUCACUGCAGACGUGGCAACAAGCCGUUGAUCCAUCCGACCUCCACUUCAAUUCUUCUGUGAUCACACUUCGAAAUCACCACUACCCUUCCGGCGGACUCAAUACUUCGAACUAUGUCAAUGGUUCGAAGGGCAUGGGUGAGAUGACGAUAGCUGCGCAGCGUUGGUACCCAGUACCGAACAAAAGGGACCCCCUUGCAAAUUUCUCAGCAUGGUGCCAAACAACACAGAUCUUCCAGGCUGACUAUUACAGCUCUCAAAUCCAAUUCUAUCGCCGAGGGAGUGCGAUGCCAGAGAGGCAGUUGGGAUCUCUGUACUGGCAACUAGAAGAUCAGUGGCAAGCGCCGACUUGGGCGGGCAUCGAAUACGAUGGGAGAUGGAAAGUUUUGCACUACGUUGCAAAGGACAUUUAUCAGCCGGUUAUUAUCUCCCCUUUCCUCAACGUGACGUCUCAUGAUUUCGAAGUCUGGGUGAUAUCUGAUCUCUGGUCCGAAAUCUCUGCGUCGGUGAGCCUGUCAUGGUACGACUGGUCUGGGAAUAAAUUGAAUGUCAGCAAUCCUUCUUCGGCACAUGUUCGGGUCGGUGCAAUCAACGCCACACAAGUGCUCUCCACGAACACCAACGAGAUUCUCUCAGACUACGACCCCGCGAACUCGAUUCUCGUCAUGGAAGUCUCCGCGCAGGGAACAAGACCGAAUUCGAAAAGAACAGAGACGUUUACGCAUAAGAAUUGGUUCCAUGCCGAUCGUCUCUCGAACGCGAAACUAGUUGACCCUGGGUUGGAACUGAGCCAUUCGAACUCUACUUCGACGUUUACUGUGAAGGCUACGAAGGGAGUUGCAGCCUGGGUUUGGCUGGAUUAUCCAUCUGGUGCAGUGCUGAAUUUCGAUGCGAAUUCGUUCUGGUUACUCACAGGAGAGGAGAGGGAGGUUGGCUAUACGGUGAAGAGUGAUACGACCGGUGGGAAGUGGAUUGAUGGGGUGACGGUGAGGAGUUUGUGGGAUAAUACAGUACCGUGA